CCCAAAAUUUUGCUUGUAAUACUAUCAUUGUGUUGAAAUAAAAUUAAGUUGAAAAGAGCUUCCUUUGUUGCAAAAAUUCUAAAUAAGGAGUUCACAGAAAAACUAACAUCAUGGCAUUGCCUGCUUUCCGAAAUAUGCCUCAGACACCUCCUCUAUCUCGAGCAAGAUCUGAGAGGGGAACCCCAGGUGGUGACAGAGGUUCAAGUCCAUUUGUGUCAACUGGAAGUGGAAAUCCUAACUUCAAUCCUGUGAAACUGAAUAGCAAAUCAGCAAGCUUCUCAUCCAAGACAGUAGUUGACUCCCGUUUGCCAAAACCCCCAAAGCCCCCAGAUAAGCCUUUGAUGCCUUACAUGAGAUACAGCAGGAAGGUAUGGGAUGAGGUGAAGAACAACCACCCGGAUCUGAAGCUGUGGGAGAUAGGCAAGAUCAUUGGCUCCAUGUGGCGUGACCUAAGUGAUGCUGAGAAACAGGUCUUUAUGGACGACUAUGAGAGAGAGAAGCAAUCAUACAAUGAGUUAAUGAAGAACUACCACAACUCUCAAGCCUACCAGGCGUAUGUUGCUGCCAAGAGUCGAUUGGCUGCAGAGCAAGCCCAGGAAGAGGAAGAGGAGAAACUGGCUCAGUCAGAGACCAAGAGAAAACGAGAGUCCAAACAAGAAGAUAAAGGGUCUAAAAUCAGUAUUCAGCCAGCUGAGGACGAGGAUGAUCAAGACGAUGGUUUCUCUGUGAAGCACAUUGCCCAUGCGCGAUACCUGCGCAAUCACAGGCUGAUCAAUGACAUCCUCAGUGAGAGUGUUGUGCCCGACAUCAGGACAGUUGUCACAACAGGACGCAUGGGCGUGUUGAAGAAGCAAGUCCAGUCACUCACCAUGCAUCAGACCAAGCUGGAAGCAGAGCUGCAGCUGAUUGAGGAGAAACAUCAGUCCAAGAAGCGCAAGUUUGCAGAGGGCAGUGAGCAGUUCCAUGAUGAGUACAUGAAGUUGUGUGAAAGCAAGCCCCAGAUAUCUGAUGACAUGUUCCAAGGCAUGAUUGUGAAGGCAAAAGAAGAACUGAGGCUGAAGCAGGCAGAGACCCUUGCUAAACAGGAGGAAGAAAGAAAGAAGCAGGCUUUAAUGGAUGAAGAACAGCGACGACUGGACGAAGAAAGACGCAAAAUGGAGGAACAAGUAAAGGCAGCGGGGGAAAAUCAGUCUGAGAACAGUGGGGAGCUGGUACCGGCAGUGAAUACACAGCAGGUGCCUGAUGUGCUGCCCCUGGUGUCGUACAUACCCCAGCCCCAGUUUGCAACCACUGGAGCGGUGAUGGCCCCCGUGAAUGGACAGCAGCAUCUCAGCCAGGCCAAUGUUGCUACCCUGCCUGGGAAUGAGUGUGAGGAUGGAGGUGAUGGUGAGGAUGAUGAUGACAGUGUGGGGACCCAGGAGUAUGACGACCUGGAGGCUAUACAGCAGGCAGAACAGAUGGGCGGGGAUGAUACACAGCACUCUACUAGAUCUGAAGAUACCAUGGAGACAGACGAUGCCUCUGCAGCCAACUCCAACAGGAAAGUGAAGGAGGAUGGCCGCCCUAGGCCAUUUAAGUGUGAGAUAUGCGAUAAGGCGUUCAAACUGAAGCACCAUUUGCUGGAGCACUCACGUCUUCACUCUGGUGAACGACCUUACGAAUGCUCUCUGUGCGGCAAAAAGUUUCGCCACUCCGGCUCCUACUCCCAGCACGUUAAUAACCGCAAUAAGAUGUGUGCUGGAGGUAGUGGGCUUUCUGGGGGUAGCGGGCUCGGGCUUGACUCUGGCUGGAGCCCGGGCGCCUCCUCUCCCGGCACUCCGGGCUCUGAGAACAGCCAUUCGCCCAAAGCUGGGGCCAGUAAGGCCAAGGCGGCUUUAAAAGGAGCAGUAGCUGUAAGGAAGAUUAAAGAAUGGGGGUCAUCUGAUGAGAAAGCUGAUUCCCCCAUCAAAGCUGCAGACAAUGGGAUGACCAAGCUACAGCAAAAUGGCGAGGAAGAUCAGAAGCAAGAACAAGCCCCUGUUAUUGAAAAUGAAUGAUGUGCUGGCAUCGUUUGUGUAUUUCUGUACUCAGAUACAUUAUUUGUGAGAAAAAGAACAAAGUUUCUGUGUAUGUUAUUCGAAAUGAGUGAUGUUGUGACUUGUUGCUUGAAAUUGUGUUUCUGAUGUAAACAUUAUUGUGCAUAAAAAGUAGACAAUUGUCUGACCGGUAUAUACUUGCAUUGAAGGUGUUGUACUAAAUUAAAAGUGUAUUGCUGUUUGUUAAAAAUCAACAUAGUGCAAAAAUGAGUUUAAUGUUCUUAAGAAGCUAUUGAAAAUGCAUUACAUUUACCAUUCUAUAUUGUAUUGGUGUUUUAAAAUACUUAUAGCCCUGAUGUUAUAUUGAUGUUUGGGCAAAACUUAUUGUCAAUAAAAAAUUCAAUAAUGUUUGGGUAUUUUUCAAGCGGCAGAAAUGCUAGUCAGGUACUUGCAUUGUUUGGGAAUUUUUUUUUGGCAAAACUUGUUUGGGGACAAUUGUACUGCUAAGAAUGUAUUAAUACUGAUAUGAUGUGCAUAAGUGAUUGGUGUAUGAUGGAUGAUGAUGUAUUGCUGAAUGAUUUUAGGAAAUGUCUCAAAUUAAAAUAAGUUUUUGUACUGACGUUUUCUAAUCUAAUGUGUUCUGUAGUUAAUAUUGAAUUUCUUGGAUGAGUGUUUGUUUGACAUACUGUCUAAUGGAUGAUCAUGGUGAGCAUGUGAGAACAUGUGUGCGAUAGCAGUUCUUGAUAUAUAAGCAAUGCUGUUUCUGUUAGUAAAAAUUACACAACUAUCCAUUGCCAUGUGUGUGUAUGUAACAUGGUUUAUUUUAUACAUGAUGUAUAAGUGAAUCCCCAUACAUGGUUGUAUGGUAACUGUUCUUGUGUGGUUAGAUUUAAAUCCAGUAUGUAUUCCAUAAUGUUAACAAACUUCUGCUACCAUGGUAGUAUUGUAUAUUUGAAUUUGUGGCAAUGAAAAUUAUGCCAGUAAAUUUGGAUGAGUUAAAAUAAUAUAAUUUGUGCUACAAUUGAAGAAUCGGAAAACAUAACAUCUUAAAUUGUGAGAACAUUUUUUCAACUUUUGUCUUAAAAAUAACCUCAUGUGUAUGGUUUUAGUGUUUGCGAAAUCAAUAUUAAAUGUGAAAAUGCUUAUUUGUAUAGAACUCUUACAUGUACCAUGAUUAUCAAACAUGUGUAUUAAAGGUGCUAUGUCAGAUAUGAGCCUGCCUAUGGCAAAACAGGGCUUAUGCAUGUGUGUUAAGUAUCGUCCAAGAUUAGCCUGUGUAGUCUGAACAGGCUUAUCAGGGAUGACACUAACUCUUUAUUUUAAAAAGAAAGACUCUUCUUUACAAAAAUCUGGUAUACAGUCCAACCUGCCAAUAACGACCACUCGAGGGAUUUGGUCGUUGUGGUCUUUGUUCACAGGUGGUCUUUAUUCGCAGGGUCGAUUGAAACUUUGCAAAAUAUGCUAGUAGGCUUUUAACAGGUACCGUAUGAUGUAUGUGCUCUAGUGUUUAAAUGUGUGAAUACUAAAGCACGUAUAAUGUAAAAAAGGAUUGAAAUCACAGUUGUGUUUUAUAUUUACAUGUAUUAUUUCAAUUUCCAAACAUAAACUAACUAACGAACUAACGCUUGGAUUCCACAAUAGUUAUUUUUCACUGACAAUUUACUUAUCUAUCAUCUAUGCUUGUCGUAUCACGGAGAAAUUUAAGAAAGGAAUGUGUACAAUUUGCAUCGUAAUUGUAAAGAAACCGUAAAUUUCCUUUAUAAGUUGAUAUAAGCCCCAAACGUUUGAUAUUUUCGGCAAUUAGUAUAUGAAUAAUCGCGAGCCAAUAAAAUAAAAAAGGCAACUUCUUACACCUUCGUCAAACUGCCAAAUGCAUAAAAGAAGCAGGUGGCUACCAAUUAGCAAUGUGUGUUAAACAAACAAAAAAAACAGCUAUCGAGUAAACUGUCACUUGCCAAUAUCUCCAUAGCGACCGACCAGUGCACUGGUAACAUGUUUAUGACGUGACUAUCACAUCAUUAUGGCGGUCAUUGUUUUAUUGACAGUUGUGAAAUCGUUAAUUGUUAUUAUCGAAGUGGUCGUUGUAAGCCUCUUUCAAGGAAUACAAGAUUUUUUAUUUUGCAAACCGAUGACAACGUACAAAGUUUAAUAGAAAAUCCGUCAAAAAAAAUAUAUUGUCAUUGUAUUAAUAAGUUAGUGUAUGCUGUUUUGUCAAAUCUAAAUUAUUCGUUAUGAAACGUUAUAUUAUGAUAAUUAAAACGAUUUUGUUAGUCACUCGACUUUUGGGAAUGUAAAAUGGUGGUCGCUGGUCAUUGACGUGGUUGUUGUUAGCUAUCAAAUUCGACAUUGGGAAUGUAAAAUUGCCGUCGCUGGUCGUUGUUGGCAGGUGGUUGUUAUUUGCAGGUACAGAAUAUAGUGAAAUCGUUCCCGGGGAAAUCAAUGUGGUCGUUAUUGACAACUGGUCGCUUUUCACAGGCGGUCGCUCGGGCAGGUUGGACUGUAUACAGAUGUUCUCCCUGAUCAGCCUGUGCAAAGUGUAGGCUUAUCUGGGGCAAUACUUGCAUAAAGCCUGUUUUGCCUGAGACAGGCUCAUAUCUUACUUAUAUGAGUCACGUUCUGAGAAAACUGGGCUUAAUGCAUGUGUGUAAAGUGUCGUCCCAGGCUAAUCAGGGACGACACUUUCCGGUUUUAUGACAUAAUUCAUUUUAAUGAAGUCUCUUAGCAAAAAUCCAAUUAAGGCGGAAAGUGUCGUCCCUGAUUAGCCUGUGCAAACUGCACAGGCUUCUCUGGGACGAUACUUUACGCACAUGCAUUAUGCCCAUUUUUCUCCGAACACGACUCAUAUAGUAGCAUCUAAAUUGUGUUCCCAUUAUUUGAAUAUUGUGUUUGUUGUAUCUUUUUCAAACAUUUCAUUUCUAUGGUAAUGUAUAAAACAUGACCAACAUUUAUUUAGUACUUAGCAAUGUGUUUAUAUUAUUGGCUUUUGGCGCACAUAUAAUAUGAAUCAAUUUGUAAAACAUGUAUUUGACUGGAUACAAGCUUAUUUUUGCUGAUAAUUUGAUGCAAGUUUUAGAUAAUGGUUAAAACUCAAAACAUGGUGCAUGUGUGCUACAAAAUAAUAAAUAAAGAUUUUAGGAAAAGCAGUGUUAUUCUCAAUUUAAAAUAAAUGCUUGCCUCCUCAUUGAACUUAUAUUUGUAUGAUUAAACAUUGUGAGAUUAAAUUGAGUAGAAACAA